AUGAAUCUUGCUCUGUUGAUCAAUCUUCAACAUGCACACCCCCUUCCACUGACGGGUCGAAGCUUGGCUAUCUUUGCCUUCACUAUCGCCCUCUUAACCACGUGUGUCAUCGCCGUAUUAUUGAGAUGUUUUGUCCGAGGAUACCUCCUUCGGGCCUUUGGCUGGGAUGACAGGCUGAUGCUUAUGGGACUGAUCUUAUUCAUUGGCAUGUCAACAUGCCUAAUUACCGCAUCAACAAGAGGGCUAGGGCAUCAUAUAACAGAUUUCCCAGAUUUGGUACUCUACAGGGACGCCUCGCUCUGGUGGUGGGUCUCCUCAGAAUUUUAUGUCCUAUCCAGUGCAUUCACAAAAGGGUCUGUUACUAUGACACUCCUACGAUUAAGUGUCAAAAACACACACCGCUACAUUCUCUGGGUAGUCGCUGCCGUCAUUAUAAUUUCUACCUUCUUGUUUUUCUUCACUUGGCUUCUUGUUUGCUAUCCUAUUUCCUACUAUUGGGACCGAGUAUUGCCAGAUGCAAAAGGACACUGCGUCCAUCCUAAUUCUGUGUUCAGUAUUGGGUAUAUUUAUAGUGUGCUAUCCUUACUCGCGGAUUUAACACUGGGGAUAUUGCCUCUAUUUCUCGUUUAUGACCUCCAGAUGAACGCUCUGACCAAGCUUGCUACUGGGGGAAUCCUUAGUCUUGGUGCUGUGUAUGGCGAGUGUGGCAUUGCAGUUGCACUCUUCCAAGUCAUCAUCUGCACAACUGCUGAAGUCGCUUCUACAAUCAUUGCAGGCAGCCUUAUUACUCUUCGCCCACUAUUUAGAUGGCUCAUAGACCCAAAAAUGCUAUCCAGCAAAAGGAAAAUGAACAGACACGACGGUUCAGAUUCGUACACGAGAGCGGGUCAUGUCCCUCUCAACAGCGCUCCUCAGGAUGAUAAUUACCAGAACGCUUGGCGUCUAGAGCUUCAAGAGUCCGGGAGAAUUGUUAUGGUAGCAGUGCCACCAUCUCAAAGAGAUAAAGGUUCUUUGAAUGGGGACUGCGACAGCAGUGAUGAGCAUUUAAACCCUCCUGAUAUUAGUCGCGUCGCGAAUGUCGAGGAGACUACUUUAAAUCAGUCAGGCCGAUAG